AUGAGCAAUCAGGUCCAUCUAAGCCCGACGAAGCUAUCAAUUCUAUCCAUACCGAGAGAUAAGGUGUGGCUUUUCACAGCUCCCAUAUUAAGGUUACUCAAAGAUGAAGCACAGAAGAGCAACUCACAAAGUGUCCAGGGAGACGACUCCGAGCAAGAUGAAGAUGAUCUAUCCGACGAUGAGCUGAGUGACAACUCCAAUAGCGGAUCUGUUUCAGGUGACCAGUUAGCCAGACGUGAAAGCUUGAAGCGUCUGAAGUCAGACAAUGGCGUUGAUAACUCGAGCAAACCAGCUCAAUCAACAGCUCCUCUGAGUGCGUCCGAGUUAGAAUCAUCUGACGAUGAUGAUGAGGAGGAAGCCAUAUUUUUCCAUGUUGCAUUAACGCCUACUGAAUGCACUGUCAUAUGCUCAUCUGCUGUAUUUCAAGAUGCAUUUGACGAGCCAUUGAAGAUUUGCAAGCAGUUAGAUUAUGCAGAUGUUGUCGCUGUCGAAGAGCCAUUCAUCAAUUUGCAAGUUGAUAGCGAUGGUGAAUCCCAUACCUCAUCGAGGAUUCUCGAAUUAACGCGACCACUUUCAGAGAAUGACAUUCCUUUAUUUUUCUUGUCUAGUCAUUUCACUGAUAUCGUUUUGAUUCCACAUAAAGCCAAGGAUGAGGUUGUGCGUAUUCUUGGUAGCAAACAGUUUGAAUUCUCCGACGUAUCUAAUAGCUAUUUUGUCAAUACUGUCAGUGGUGUUGAGUCGAAAAUACGACAUCUCGACAUCAAUAGCCUGGAGUUGGAAGAGAAGACAUUGAAGCUUUUUGAAAAUAAUGGUAUCAGCCCGAAAAUAAACCGAAAGCAAAAGCUUCUACUAACGGGAGCGAGACCUGGGAGGGUUAAGGAUGCUAUCGAGAAGGCCGCCAUGUGUAUUGGUUCGGGGUCCCUACCCGAUUAUUUCGUGAUAACCAGGACAUCACUUAAUGAACUUUCCCUCAUAUUACCAGGCUCCGCUCGCAAACGUGCAGCUAUGGGUUACGAUUUCAAAUCUAUAAUUGGUUCGGCUCAAGAUAUCAUUCUUCCAAUCGCUAUCGAUUUGCGGAAACUUCCUCUAGACUUGACUGGUAUCGUUGCCGGUCUAGCUAGUCGAAUCUUGAGCUCUUGUGAAGCAAGCAUUGAGAUGAACUACUUGUCCAUGGCUCGGUCUGGUGUUGUGAUGAUUCCUGAGGAGAACUUAGGUUCUGUGGCACAGGUUGUAAAUAGUAUCAACUAUAGAGAAUAA